CUUGCUAUGGAAUUGUCCAGGUUCCUACUGGCCCCUGGUUCUGUCGGAAAUGUGAAUCUCAAGAGAGAGCCGCCAGGGUGAGAUGUGAACUGUGUCCCCACAAAGAUGGAGCCCUGAAACGGACCGACAACGGAGGGUGGGCCCAUGUCGUCUGUGCGCUGUACAUCCCAGAGGUGCAGUUCGCCAACGUGCUCACCAUGGAGCCGAUUGUCCUGCAGUAUGUACCCCAUGACCGCUUCAACAAGACCUGCUACAUCUGUGAAGAGCAGGGCAGGGAGAGCAAAGCAGCCUCUGGAGCAUGCAUGGCCUGUAACCGCCACGGCUGCCGGCAAGCGUUCCAUGUCACCUGCGCCCAGAUGGCUGGCCUCUUGUGUGAAGAGGAAGUCCUAGAAGUCGACAAUGUCAAAUAUUGUGGCUACUGCAAGUACCACUUCAAUAAAAUGAAGACUUCACGUCACUCUGGAGGGAGCUCCUUCAUUGCUGGAAGAAGGAGUCGAUCCACAUCCCCUGCUCAAGAGAAGCACGUCUCUCACCACGAAAGGCCAAAGAAGAGUCGGAAAGACAAGGAAAGACCUAAACAGAAGCACAAAAAACGUCCGGAGUCUCCCACCAGCCUUACCCCAUCCUCGGUGCCCGUCGCUGCAGAGAAGGGCUCUACCAGCCACCAUGAGGGGAGCAAAGAGACUUCGGAGGUCGGCAGGUCGGAGGUGAAGGGCAAGAAGUCCUCGAGCCAUGGCAGCAGCCACAAGGGGAAAAAGACGGGAAGUGGGAAAAGCUCAGUUGGCUUCAGCUCGGCUUCAUCCAGUGGGACCUUCCAGCCUGCAGGUACCUCCUGCAGCAACCUGCAGUGCUCCCAGGACUUUGUGACAUUCCCCAAGCUUGAGCAGGACGACGAGAAGUACCGGAAGCCUGUCUCUUCCUCUUCUUCUUCCCACUGCUCCCCUCUGUAUGAAGGCCAGAAGGGGGACAUCUUUGAACAGAAGGUGAUCUUCUCAGGCUUUGGAUCCAUCAUGCGCUUCUCUACCUCCGCGGUGAGCCAGCAGAGAGGCCGUGAUGCUUCCCCCGUGGACUAUAAGGCCUCCAACCCCGUCAGCGGCCCCUCGGUGGGGACCAGUGGGACCAGCGGCAGCAGCAGCAGCCACAAGCGCAUGCCAUCCCUCAGCAUGGAGGAGGGAGAGGUGCUGAAGGAAAAGAAGCACAAGGGUAGCAAGAAGAACAAGCACGGGCCUGGCAGGCCCAAAGGGGGCAAAAGCAAAGAGGGUGCCCAGCUGGCUGGGUCCACGUCUACUUCCUCGUCACCCUUCUCCGGGGGUUCUCUCGUUAGCUCCAGCAUCGGCAACUCUUCCCGGUCCUUCAGCCACACGGGGAACCUGCCCAGCCUCAGCAUGGAGUCCCCGCUGCUGGGUUCAGGGAUCUACACCAGUAACAAGGACCCUAUUUCCCACGGGGGCGGAGUGCUCCGAGCGGUGUGCAGUACACCCCUCUCUUCCAGCCUGCUGGCACACCAGGGUACCUCGUCUCUCCCACAGCUCAACCGGUCUCCCUUCGCUAGCACCAUCCCAGCCUCCUCCUCCUCGGUCUCCACCACGCAGGUGUUCUCACUGGCAGGUUCAACAUUUAGUCUCCCUUCCUCACAUAUUUUUGGAAGCCCCCUCGCAUCUGGGCUAUCAAUCAACCCACUCUUAAAUCAGGCGGAAAGCAGCCGGGCAG